CCUGUAAAGGAAGCAAUACAACAUACUGUAUUAAAUAGAAGACACAUAUAAAACAAUACCUGUGAGUAAAAGUUCAGGGCGAAUUAUUCCCACAACGGAUUGAGGAACCCGGAAACAGUUAGUCUCAUUGCUUUCAAAUUAAAAUGAGAAAUUAAUUUGACAGUUCACUUUUAUUUGAACAUGUUGAUUAUCGAUUCGAGGUUCUUUCUAUUGAGGGGAAUUAUUACAUUUGCAUUUAAAAAGAGCAAUUCCAUUUUCAAUUUUCUUUCCUCUGCCUUGAACGAAAGUUUAAGAAAACUAACAUCGUUUUUUAUUAAUUAUCCAUUUGAAUAAAAGGUCACAAGCCAGGGAAAAAACCGUUAAAAGUCCUAGGAGCGUUUCAAUGUCAACAUCAUGUUGCAACAUAUUUUGUUUAAGAUAAAUGUGGUCUAGGGAUCUGAAUUGCGGAUGACGUUUUACUGUGAAAAUAUUGCACCGGAACCGAUCAGAAGACGUUUUGUUGUCGUUGUGAGAGAAAACAGUAAAGGCACGUGUUAUAAAUUCAGUUUAAGGUAACAUUUAGUUUUAUGUCCAGUGAGUAACGGUACAAAAACUACUCCAGUUUUCACGGGACGAGCCAGCCAGGGGCAGUUUAGGUUGUAUCUUUGACGUCAUUUGAGAUGAAGCCUCCUCCUCGUAAACGCAACAAAAAGAAUCUGAGUAUUGAACCACCAUCGGCUCCACGGAAAGGGUCCGGUACCUGGCAGCGGCUCGAGCAGAAGAAGCUCCUGAACGCCCUGACGGAACUCGGCAAGACCAACAACGUCAACGAAGACAUUGACUGUGAAUUCCUGAGAAAACAUGUCCGCACCCGCUCCAUUUCAGAGAUCAGCACUAUGGUGGAACUUCUGAAGAGCCAGGUGAUCUCCUUUGCCACCUUAGAACUGAAGAAGAAGAUGCAGGAGGAGAAGGGCAGGAAGCCCAUCGAGGAGUGGACACGCAUGGCCUCUCUGGUGGCUGGAGCCCAGGAAGAAACCGUUUCAGAUGCUUUCUCUCAGAUGCUCACAGUGUGCUCCACAGAGCCUAACACCCUGAGGUACUCCAACCCCCCCCAGGUCUACAGACCCCCCCCUGUAGGAUGCACCGUCCCUCUGAGGCCAGUUCCCCAUCAGCCAGUCAAAGUUGAGAAGUUCAGAACCAACACAGCCCGUCCAAUCAGAGCACUGAAGAGUCCAGUAGCAGCCAUGAGCCGAGGAGUGACCCCACGACCGCUCUCUACUGCAGCUGGAGCCUCACCUGCUCCCCCCCCCACCUCUCAGUCUGCGCAGCCCUCAGAGCGACCCCCCACCACCACCACCACCUCGUCGUCAGAGUCCCCCUCAUCCAGUCCUCACACGUCUCCCACCAACCGAGCUCCAGCCCCCAGUCCUGCACCAUCCUCGGGGGCUUCCUCCUCCACCCCCGUGCGGCAAUUCCACUCCAAGCUAACCAGCAAAUUAGCCCUCAAGUGCACUCCCUCUGUGGGCGCGCAGAGCGUGGUGCACUUUGAGAGGAUCUAUCACUACCUGAGUAUCAUCAACAGCCCCGGCGAGAGCUGUACCCUCACGGCUAUGGAGAGUGCGAUAGUGUUGGACCUGUUGAUGUCUCUUCCUGAGGAGCUGCCCCUGCUGGACUGCAGCAAACUGAAGAAACAUCUGCUCCAGGUGUACCGAUUUCUCUCCUCCACCGCUGACUCUAAGAUGGCCAGAGAAAUGUUGAAAGAGCUGAAGGGGGGACUCUGUGUUCAGACAGACGGCACCAGAACAAACGGAGAGCAGAACGCCGCUGGGUCAGCUGACAGCAGUGAUGUCACGGACAGUGGAGAAAAGAGACUGCAGCCAGAGGAAGCUGAGAGCCAAUCAUCAGGGAGCAAUAACGCCACCGGCCAAUCAGGGGAUCUGGACUUAACGGGACUCUGUCCGCCCCUCAACCCAUUUAUGGUACCUCUGAAACUCUUACAGCGCAAAUAGGCAGUUUAAAAUGUGUUUUCUUUAAUACUUGGUAUUGAUAGUUCAUGAUUUAAAUGUAAAUGUUGUCUUUUUUUUAGCUGCUUUUGUUAAGACAACAAUAAACACUGAUGCAUCAACAA